ACUAUUGGUCGUACUCCCAACACUGACUGAAGAUCCCAUCACAGAUCGAUGAGCAGCAGACUUUGAAUCAAGUGCAGGAAGAGGAAGAAGCCGAUCAAGAAGGGGACAACGACGACGAUGAAGAUAUUGUCAUUACAACUGAGCAUGCCGAGGACGAAGGCCACAACGGCCACAAUGGCCAGCAAGCACAAAAGCAGGAAGAUUCAUCCAUGCAACAAGGACAACAUAACAACGGUAUGGUCAACAUGCCUUUCCAAGAAAACCAAAUAUGAUGGGUAUGCCUGGGAUGAAUGCGGGAAUGGGCAUGGCAAUGGGGCCCGGAAUGAACCCCUCCAUGAUGUUCAACAACUUUGGUGGAAUGGGCAACAUGGGAGACAUGAACAUGAUGGGCAUGAUGGGCAUGGGUAUGAACAACAUGGGCGACAUGAGCAAUUUUGGCGGCAUGGGUGGGCCGGGUUUCUUUCCGCAAGCGCAAGGGAACUACAUGCAAUCUAACUUCGGAAACCCUCGCCAACAACCAUUCUUUGAUAAUCACGGUCAAGGCCGCCCCUAUGGCCGUGGAUUUGGUAGAGGUCGUGGCCAGUAUGCUCCUCGUGGUCGUGGUGACUGGCAUCAACAACAACAGCAGUAUGGUCACCAGCAAGGUCAUAGCCAAGGUGGUCAUCAACAACAAUCAGUCGUAAAUGUUGAAAUGGAUAUGCCAGCUCGCCGUGGCUCCCCAGUCUAUGAAGGUGCAGCUGCGCCGACAGGGGACGCGCCAGCGCAAGCUGGGCCCGAGUCGAGCACGAAUGGCGUACAAGAAGAGGGCGAUACUGACCCAGCAGACGGAAAACCAGAUUUAGCAGGUGGAAAUGUGAACCAGAACGAUGAACAUGUCGAUGAAAACGACCAAUCAGUCGACACGAAUGGCGUGCACGCCAAUGGUGCAGACUAUGCAAAUGGAUAUCUUGGUCCCGCUAACAACGGUGGGUUUCAGGACCAAGACUGGUCUGCUAUGUCGAAUCAACAAUAUCAGGACUUCAAUGGGCAAUAUCAAGAUCAAUAUGGCUACCAUGGAAUGGGCCGAGGUGGCUUCAACAAACGAGGUGGGCAAUUUCGAGGACCUGGAAUGUUCGCGCGAGGUCAAGAGAGCUUUGAGCAAGGUCCGAAAUCCGCGCCUCCUCUGAACGCGCCGACAGGACCGAAGGCGCUGCGUCAGGGGUUACCAAACACAGGCUGGUCCAGUCGAAUGGCUACAGCGGCUGUGCAGAAUGCUGCACCAGCAGUCGCGUCGAUCAGCGACGAAGCCGGCACCGUCCAUGCGAAGCUUGACCGCGACGACUCAGACCAACGAGGUACGAAAAAGGACAACGAGCAGACUCGAAAUGGCCAUUCGCGUUCGCAGUCACGUUCAAGGUCACGGCAUCGCGGUGAACCCGAACGGUCUCGAAGCGCUGGUGCCGAAUCGGACGGAUCUCACACUCGGCGCCGGGACCGAGACCGUGAGCGACGGCAACGGAAAGACCGGAAGAGACGGCAUGAACAUGAAGAUCGAAGCAAGAGCAAGAACGAGAACGAGUCGUCGCGUAAGAAGCCACGUUCAAGAUCGCGAUCUCCAGAGGACGAUUCCUCACGUCGACACCGCCGCGAUAAGGACGACGAUCAUCGUUCCUCGCGGACACACCGUGAUCGCAGCCAAGAGAAGUCUCGCCGCCGUCAUCGAUCGAGGUCGACUCACCGAGAAGAUACCGAGAAGCAUGCCGAUCAUUCUCGUCGCAAAGAUCGGUCGCAGCGUGGCGAAGAAGAAGUCAGCUUCCGCGACAAGACCUCACGCAGCAGCCGUCGCCAAUCCCGCCGGGACGACGACGAUCACCAUGACGACGAAGGAGCGGACGACAGGAAACACCGCUCCCGUCGUUCUUCUCGCGGCGAGCGCGAACGAGACCGCGAUCGCGUUCCCGUCGUGCCCCCCUCCGACGAAUUGGGUUUCAAGAUCAAGGGCUCUAGGUCAGCCAAGAGUAGCGCCAUGCCUCCGCCUUCAUCAUCCACUCGUGAUCGCCACCACGACAGUGAGCGUCGCUCGAGCCAUCAGGAUGACAACGCUGGAGACAACGCAUCUUCGAGCGACCCAUACGCCGAAGAGCGAGCGCGUGCACAGCAGAGUCGCGUGGCAGCCGAAGCACAACGCCGCCAAUCCUCCUCCCUCGGCAAGCGCAGCCGGGGCGGCGACGACAUCAUCGAUGCGCCUACUGGCCCGCGAGGUAUGGUGUCCAACUCGGCGUCGUCGUCAUCGCGCUCGAAGAAGGUGAGGAAGGAAAGCCGCCAGAUCAACUACAAAUAUGAGGAUGAGAUUGCCGUGGACGAGCGGGAUUCCGGCCGUUGGAGGUAGGAUCGCCUUCUCUCGCUGGAAGUCCGCAGUCCUCACACUUUCAAGUCCCGCUUGUUGCAUGGACGUCUAUCGCCGACUGCUGCAAAGACAAGGGGCUUGACUUCGUAAAUUCACACGUAGCAUCUUGUAUUAUUACAAAGCACAUGUUGCGAAACCCCUGGUCAUCAUUGGGCUCGCUUCACCGUCGUCAUAGCAGAUGGUUGUCCCAAUCGUCAAAUUGUCUAGUGAAUGUGUCAUGAGAGACAUGUAACUAC